CGUUGUUGGAGCGGUCAUCGUCGUGCUGAUGCGGAUUGGUCACUUUUGGACGGCGGACCUAACUGAUAGAAUGGAAGGAACCAGGCCAAUUAGCAGAUCCAUCCCCGGAAUUCAAACGAAUCGUCGAGAUCCACUAGAGAUAUGAGUGAACGAAAACUGCUGACUUUGCCGUGACUUUGUACUAGUGCGUUGACUCCAUCCCGGAAUAUUAUAUACGUUAGCCUAAAUUUGAACGUUUUGGAAUAGCUCCCAAUCGGACGGCUGAUAGACGGAAGAUUUUUUGCGGUACAGGCCCCAUUUCGGUCUGAAAUUGGCUCCUUCCCAUCACAUCUGUCUCAGAGUUUUACCGUUUCCAUAUCUCGAUCGCAUUGCAACCGUGAAACAUGAAGAAGACGUAUCACGUCGAAGCGUGGCGAACCAAAGACUACGCAUCCGUGAAAGAAACUCUGAGACCUUGGUGGGUAUUGACCCGAUACUGCGGAAUUCUGCCGGACUGGUGCUGUCAUCCGCACAACAUCGACCGCAAGCGACUUGAUGCUGUAGCGGUGACUCUUAUUCGCUACACCGGCGUUGCUUUCGUUUUCUCUUUCGUUUUCGCGAUGAUGAUUUUCCAGCUGAGUCGAACGGUGGUCGCCAUUCAGUCGAUGACCACCGUUCACUCCGUCAUUCCUUUUCUCCUUUGGUUGUCCGCCAUUCCUCUCGCCGUUGUGACUCAGAUUUGGUACAUCGCCUGUCGCCGUGAUUUUCUUGCCUUUUUCAAAGACUGGGACCUUUUUGAGAAAUAUCUUGCCGUGCGGUACAGUCACCAAGAAUUAGUUUACCCCAUGGUUAGGAAACCUCGCAUUCUCGUUUACACCUCUAAAUUGGUGACGUUGCUAAUACUUGUAGUGGGGCUGAGCAUGAUCAUUUUCAAUUUUCCGGAUGCUCCUUAUUUGUUAUCUAACUUUCAAGCACUUCAUGACGUAAUAUCGAUGCCUAUUCUCGGUUUUAUUCAUUUAGUAAAUAUGAUUUUGGUUCUGGGGUUGACGACGCUUUGCGAAACUGUCCCGGCAUUGGUCUUUUUCCACUUUCAAUGUCAGAUCCACGUUUUACAAAGGGAAUUUGAUAAUGUUUUCAAGCUUUUCAAUUCCCAGUGUAAUUACCACAAGCUGUCGGGUCGAUUGGACGUCGAUCCGGGCUUGUUUUUCGCUGCCCAAUUGCGCCAAUUGUUUGAAUUUUACGAAACGGUGAGGCGUUUUGUGGGUCGUGCUAAUUCUUUAUUCGGUGUCCUGUUGUUUCUCAAUCACGGCAUGAGGUUGAUUGUAAUUUGCAUCAUGUUGUAUUCGGUCCUCUACUUGUUGCAAAGUUCCCCCAUGACCGCGGGAAUUUACUUGAUUAAUUUUUGUAUUCAUUUGUACGAACUCGUGUCUUCGACUCUGCUAACGGCGCAACUCUACCGCGCCUCAGAUCGUUUGCGCAGUCAUCUCGCCGUUUUGUUGACUCGCUACUGGGACUCGAUCCCGAAGGAGGAACGCAAAUUUCUCGUCCACUUUAACGGCCGCAUUCAAACUGAUCCUCUGGCCGCAACUCCUUUGGGUCUUUACAAUGUAACACCUUCUUUUCUGUUGACCGUUGCCAGUCUGGGUGUCACCUAUGUCAUUAUUUUACUCCAAUCCAAGUGAAAAACCUUUUUAAAAAAAUUGAUUUUCAUUUAACUAGUCAAAUUGUCGAUUCUUAAGUUCUAUCGAUUUGUAUGUUGGUGAGUGGCGGCCAUUCAAACAAGUCUGAUUUUGGAAUUCAUGAGGUAAACAACUAUAGAAAUAGUUAAACGACAUUUUAUAGCCAUUUAAACUGCAAGUCAUUGACUCUUUUGUUAGUUGAAGUCAACAGCGCCCAAGUAAUUUUCACUGUUUAUACGUUUGGUAAUGAUGGCAAGCAUGUCAACUAAUAUCGACCCUCCUUUUUCUGCUACGCUCAGUCACGCAACAUCGUUACGUGUUUCCUUUUUUUUUUGGUUUGCCAUGUUUCCAUUAAUUUUUGCGAUGCCACUCUUGUUUUUUAACAAAGGAGCAUUUACAGAGUGAAAUAAAGCUUUCAAAUUAUCUUUCUCUUUUUGGGUGGGUCUCAUCAGUAAAUGCUGGAACACACAGCGACUCAUUUCAGGAAAGGGCGUUCAUAUUUAUGACGAUAUAUUUA